CCAUCUUGGACCCUGUGGAGGCCUGCUGGGAACAGGACUUCUAAAACGACAAAUAUGUCUGGAAGGCUGUGGUCCAAGGCCAUUUUUGCUGGCUAUAAGCGGGGUCUACGGGACCAGAGGGAGCACACAGCUCUCCUGAAAAUUGAAGGUGUAUAUGCUCGAGAUGAAAAUGAAUUCUAUCUAGGCAAGAGAUGUGCUUACGUGUACAAAGCAAAGAACAACACAGUAACUCCUGGUGAAAAACCUAACAAAACCAGAGUAAUCUGGGGAAAGAUAACUCGUGCUCAUGGAAACAGUGGCAUGGUUCGUGCCAAAUUCCGAAGCAACCUUCCUGCUAAGGCCAUUGGACACAGAAUCCGUGUGAUGCUGUACCCUUCAAGGAUUUAAACUUACUGAAAAGUAAAUAAAUAAAAGUGUGGAUUUGU